AUGGCGGACAACGGACCUGCUUCCAACGCGGCGCAGCUGCCCCCUCCUCCCCAGCCGAGCGCUGGAGCUCCGGGCUACGAAAAUGGCCAGAACGGUCAGUCGAACCCGGCUCACAUGCCGCCGCCUCCUCUUCAUAUCCCUCAGAACACCAACCCGAUUCCAACUGCGGUGACGUCGCCCAUGUCUGGCGUCGACAAGAUCAUGUCGCCCAGCAGUGCCGGCGGGUUCGGCCGUCGCGCUGCUCCCGAGCCUAACAAGCGGGCGCUGUAUGUUGGAGGCCUGGACCAGCGUGUCACUGAGGACGUUCUGCGCCAAAUUUUUGAGACCACUGGCCACGUCCAGAAUGUCAAGAUCAUCCCCGAUAAGAAUGCCAAAGGUUACAACUACGGUUUCGUUGAAUACGACGACCCCGGUGCGGCUGAGCGUGCCAUGCAGACCUUGAACGGAAGACGUGUGCACCAAUCUGAAAUUCGUGUCAACUGGGCCUAUCAAUCCAACACGUCGAGCAAGGAGGAUACGUCGAACCACUUCCACAUUUUCGUUGGCGAUCUCAGCAAUGAAGUCAACGACGAGAUCCUGCUCCAGGCAUUCUCUGCGUUCGGUUCCGUCUCAGAGGCCCGCGUCAUGUGGGAUAUGAAGACUGGCCGGUCUCGUGGAUAUGGUUUUGUUGCUUUCCGAGACCGACCGGAUGCUGAAAAGGCUCUGAGCUCCAUGGAUGGCGAAUGGCUCGGCUCGCGCGCCAUCCGUUGCAACUGGGCAAACCAGAAAGGGCAGCCAUCUAUCGCACAGCAGCAAGCCAUGCAGGCUAUGGGCCUGACCCCUACGACGCCAUUCGGCCACCAUCAGUUCCCGGCUCACGGUGUUGCCAGCUACGAAGUCGUUCUGGCCCAGACGCCUUCGUGGCAGACCACCUGUUACGUUGGCAACUUAACUCCCUACACUACUCCCAAUGAUGUUGUUCCUCUGUUCCAAAAUUUCGGCUAUGUCGUUGAGUCCCGCUUCCAGGCCGACCGUGGAUUCGCAUUUAUUAAGAUGGACAGCCACGAAAGCGCGGCCAUGGCCAUUUGCCAAAUGAACGGCUAUAAUGUUAAUGGACGUCCUUUGAAGUGCAGUUGGGGCAAGGACAAGACUCCCAACCCUCAGAGCGCCGGCUUCGACCCCUCGCAGCAGGCAUACAGCCCCCAGAGCGCCUCUGGACCGGGCUACCCUGGCACCCCGACGGCCUACUUCCCGCAAUACGGUGGUCAGUACGGCGGCCAGCCUGGCAACUUUGCCGGCCCGACUGCCCAAUCCCCGGCCGGUUAUGGAGCGCAGCCGAUGGGAUACGGCGGACCCCAGAGCGCAGGAGGCUAUGGCCGUGGUCAACAGCCACCCAACGCCCAGUGGUCUCAGGGCCCUCAGGGACAGAAUUUCAACAACGGCUUCGCCGGAUACCAGGGCUAA